GUGUCAGGGGGCCGACCGGGCGUGCGUGCCGCCGUUGAUCCGGUGCUGCAGUGAGGUGGUUGUUGCCCGUGUUGUGUGUGUGUGAGUGUGUGUGAGUGUGUGUGUGAGUGAGUGAGUGAGGGAGCGAGUGAGUGAGUGAGUGCGUGCGUGGGGGCACUCGGCUUGUUGUUGUCGGUGACUUCCCCCUUCCCUCUACCCCUCCCCUCCCCGUUCGCCGCUGCAGUGGCCGCUCCCUGGGCCGUAGGAAAUGAGCGAUAACGAUGACAUCGAGGUGGAGAGCGACGAAGAGCAACCGAGGUUUCAAUCUGCGGCUGACAAACGGGCUCAUCAUAAUGCACUGGAACGAAAACGUAGGGACCACAUCAAAGACAGCUUUCACAGUUUGCGGGACUCAGUCCCAUCACUCCAAGGAGAGAAGGCAUCCCGGGCCCAAAUCCUAGACAAAGCAACAGAGUAUAUCCAGUAUAUGCGAAGGAAAAACCACACGCACCAGCAAGACAUUGAUGACCUCAAGCGGCAGAAUGCUCUUCUGGAGCAACAAGGGGAAAGCGAGAGCUGAUCAAGUUCUUUGUUCCUGGGGAAUUCACUUCUCUUCCUCCCUCAUGGAAGAUGCAAGUAACAGGAAAUUCCGUGCACUGGAGAAGGCAAGGUCAAGUGCCCAGCUGCAGACCAGCUACCCCUCCUCAGACAGCAGCCUCUACACCAACGCCAAGGGCGGCACCAUCUCUGCCUUCGAUGGGGGUUCAGACUCCAGCUCAGAGUCCGAGCCUGAAGAGCCCCAGAGCAGGAAGAAACUCCGGAUGGAGGCCAGCUAAGCCAUGCGGGGCAGGCCAGCAAUAAAAACUGUCGUCUCCAUCAUCGCCGCCUCCUCCUCUCAGUUCAUCGUUAGAACCCUCAAAACCAUCAAAAGACUCUUUAUUUUCCUUCUCUCUUUAUUAAUUCUUACUUUUGCAUAGACGCUCUUGGACAACAGCUCUCAUCCCAUCCCUGUGUCCACUAUUUUUAAUGUAUUCCCUUCAGGGGUUCCUGUCCCCACCAGGAAUUUUAAACCAAAACACCCUAACUUGGCAGCUCUUUCUGUGGAGGACAGACAGCCGGCCAGACCUCUGAGUACAUGGUGUCCUGCCCACGCCCCCAGCUCCUCCAGCCCUCAGAGUGUGUGCCUGGAGGACGCCUGCCCCGCUAGGCCCUCCCUCCCAGUCCCCUGACCUCUGUUUGGUGGACUUUGUGAAUCUCUGAACUGCUCUGCUCUGACAAGAUGACAGAUUGGAGGAAUGAGAAUUAAGCCCCUCUCCUGUAAGGAUUGGUUUCUGGGAAAGCUGUCACUCCUGUUGAGAGACCAGAUUCUUGGAGGGUCUGUGGUGUAAAGGAAAGCGGGGACAGGUUUGCAGAGUCCUUGGCUUAUUUCACUCUUCAGUUGCUUAAGCCUGCAGAGCCGGCCUUACAGAGGGUCACGUGACACUGGUAUGUAUAGGAGAAGGCAGCAGUGAGCCAGCCUCCCGGGAGUGGUGGGGUGGUUAUUCGUGGGUGGGACGGGGAGGGAGUCUUAGGUGGGGGAGAGGUUUUGUAUUAAGGGCCAGUGAUGAUGUUUUGAUAUUUAUUUCCUGCUACUGAAAUUUGAAUCUGAAUGACAUGCCCCUAUUUCUGAUGAUGUCGACAUUGUAAAGCGACAGAUUCAUAAAGCAAUGAUCAAAUCUUCAUUUCCUUCUGUGUGUAUUUCUAAGAAACAGAGCCAACUAUUUUGUAUGUAAAUACCAAGAGCGACUUACCUGGUACUAAACCCACAGCCCAGUACAGCCUCCCUGCCCUCCUUGCCUCCAGUCCUGGAACUUGUCGCCACUGUGUGAUCCAGCCCUGGCUCUGGCUGUGGUCAGCAGAUCCCAGUGAAGGGUUUUCCGUCUUCAGGUUUCAUUUCUCUGUCCUUGCCCACUCUGUUGCCGGCUGGCAUUUGCUGAUUGCUAGAGUAUACUCCGUAGUCUCAGUCGGUGUUUGACUCCAUUCCAUGGAAAUAAAAAGUAUGUUGUACAUACUGCCCAAGAACUGUCUUGCAAGUUAAGGCUUCCCCCUUUACUAUAAGAAUAUAAAUAAAAACUUAUUUUAUC